AUGAGAGAGCACCUGGAUGCAGCCCCUAGCUGCCUUGACCUCCCCGCCUCCCUCCCCACGUCCUGAUGAUCUUCUGUUAUUUCUUCCUCCCUCCACGGGGAGCAGGCCGGAGCCUGGUGCUGAGGGUCCCCAGCUCGGGGCUCUCACAGGUUGGCCACACCUAAGGACACACCUGCCCUUGCCGUCCCCCUGCUUCAGUCGUCUCUGGCCUGCCUUCUGUGCCAGCAUUUACAGGAGACGGAUAGCGGCUUCUGCAGGGAGGAAGGACUCCAGCGGCCUGUAUGCCGGGGGCAGGGGUGGAGGGUGCAAAUGGCCUCCAAGGAACCCAGAGGCGUUUCAGAGCCGCUGUUCUGCCAGGCCCUGCCGGGCAGUGAGAGAGGCCAGGCCGUGUUGCCCAAUGCAGGGGCCUCCCUUGUUCUCCCUCACUGGUGACAGAGGGUGACCUUUACAACGGAAAGACAGGUGGAGUCAAGACAAACGUUUUAAUCCCGUGUCUACUAGAACGUUGGGUGAAGUUGAGUUCAGGGCAGUCCUGCCAGUUCAAUUACCUUCCUGAUGUGGGGAGGUGGGGACUACACCCCUGCCAGCCUCACCUGCUUAGUCUCGGGAUCUGGGCAGACAACAUGCACCCCGUCAUUGCCUCCUGCCUGCUGGGGGAUGUGUGGUCACCCCAUACCAUCACAGGACGGGACUUCGUCCUGGACCCUGUACCACAUUGGAAACUGUGGCCUCCUGGGAUCGCGCCCCAGGCUGCUCCUGGUCCUUCCUUCUCAACGUCUCCCCCUCACCCCUGCAGGGCGGCAAUGCUAUGACCUCCUGGUGAUUGGCGGGGGAUCCGGCGGCCUAGCCUGUGCCAAGGAAGCCGCUCAGCUGGGGAAGAAGGUGGCCGUGGUGGACUACGUGGAGCCUUCCCCCCGAGGCACCCGGUGGGGCCUUGGCGGCACCUGCGUGAACGUCGGCUGCAUCCCCAAGAAGCUGAUGCACCAGGCGGCGCUGCUAGGGGGCAUGAUCCACGACGCCUCCCACUACGGCUGGAAGGUGGCCCAGCCCCUGCACGACUGGGGGAAAAUGGCAGAAGCCGUUCAAAACCACGUGAAGUCCCUGAACUGGGGGCACCGGGUCCAGCUGCAGGACAGAAAAGUGAAGUACUUUAACUUCAAGGCCAGCUUUGUCAACCCACACAUGGUUUGUGGUGUCUCAAAAGGUGGGGAAGAGACUCUGCUUUCGGCUGACCACAUUGUCAUCGCCACCGGAGGGCGGCCGAGGUACCCCACGCACAUCGAAGAUGCCUUGGAAUACGGGAUUACGAGUGAUGACAUCUUCUGGCUGAAGGAGUCCCCUGGAAAAACGUUGGUGGUUGGGGCCAGCUACGUGGCCCUGGAGUGUGCUGGCUUCCUCACUGGGCUCGGCCUGGAUACCACUGUCAUGAUACGCAGUGUCCCUCUCCGGGCCUUCGACCAGCAAAUGGCUUCCUUGGUCACAGAGCACAUGGCUGUUCACGGCACCCGAAUCCUGAGGGGCUGCACCCCCUUGAGGGUGGAGAAGCUCUCAGAUGGGCGACUCCAGGUCACCUGGGUGGACCUUGCCUCCGACAAGAAGGACACAGGCACCUUUGACACCGUCCUGUGGGCCAUAGGGACGGUCAGUGUCUUCGUUCUCCCGUGUUUCCAGCCCGUGGGUCUCUUCGUGCUGAGCCCCGUCACUCGUCCCCCGUCUGGGCCUGGGCUCUGAGUCCGUGUGGUCGUCAGACUUGUCCGGCUCCACAGCACUCGGCGAGCGUGCCGAGCCCUCAGAGGGCCUGUCCCCCAGCGUUUGUCCAUCCCGGCUUCCCAGGCCCCCACGUCCCCGGAGGUAGGCCCGGGCAGCAGUGCCCUUCUGAGAAGCUGAGGUGCUCAGAGUAGUGGGAAAUCAGAAAAUGAAAUAAACCCCGGAGGAGUCAGCGAUUCACUUCUGAGGAACAAGGCAAAGAUCUGAAAUGCCCCGGAGUGAACUUACUGCCUCUUGACCAAGAUCCGCUAAAUUACCAGAGGAAAUGUUCUUGACCAAACUGUAAAAGUAAAUCUUACGUAGGUUUAUUUUGAUGAACGCUACUCAGACCCAGAAACAUAAACUGAUUGUUAUUAAUUUAAAAUCCGUUCUAACUGGCGAGGUGGCUGGUUCCCCCUCCCACUCGCACCCAGUCCUCCCGCUUGGUCCCCAACGCCUUUGUACUGAGGCGCGGGCCUGCACCCAGAUGCCAUCAGCUGAGCCCACGCUGCUGGCAGCAGCCAGAGGGUGAGGGGCCGGGCCCUCGGAAAGCCUCAGGGUCCUCCCAGUGUCCAGACGACCCUGGUGGGUGGCAGGCAAGGCCCCGGGAGCCCUCCCCAACUGGUUUUGUUUUCUGUAUUUUCAAAAAGAGCAUCCCCCAGACAGUCUGCCGGGCGUGAUUGAUGCUGGGGGUGGAAGCUUUUCACAGUCCUUGGCCUCUGACCUUGCUUUCCGAGGCGGCGCUGCGGUGGCGGGUUCCUGGCACGCCUCCUGGGUCUGCACGGGCAAGUGCUGGCGGGGCCACUGCUCCCGCCGGGUUUUGUAAACAUUCAGGAACCAUUUCCCAGUUUAACAACCGGGAAUGUUCUCCGCCUGUUUACCAGGUAAGCCUUGAACCAAGCGUUAUUUCUACU